GUCAUCCAUUCAUCAUUUGUUAGUUUGCUUUGUUUCAACACAGCGCACACGUGUUUUCUUUUCCAGCGAAAUUGAAUUAAUCACCCCAAACGAAACAAAUAAAUAAAUAAAUAAUGGUCGAAAUUAAUAACGGAAAAAUUGAAGAAAUUGAAAAUCUAUUAAACGACACAAAUCGACCGCUGAAAGAGCGAUUUCGUGCAUUGUUUACGUUGAAAAAUCUUGGCGGUCCAAUUGCAAUUGAAGCCAUUGCAAAAUGUUUUGCAGACGAUUCGGCUCUAUUAAAACAUGAGCUGGCAUACUGUUUGGGUCAAAUGCAAGAUGCUUCGGCCAUUCCACAUUUGGUGAAAGUUAUCGAAGACAAAUCACAAGAGCCAAUGGUGCGACAUGAAGCAGGUGAAGCGUUGGGUGCAAUCGGUCACCCAGAUGUGGUACCAAUACUGGAAACAUAUCGACACGAUCCGGUUGUUGAAGUGGCCGAAACCUGUGAAAUCGCAUUGGAACGUGUAAAAUGGUUGCUUGCGAACAAACAAAAUGUAAAGGACGACAAUCCGUAUGCAUCGGUUGAUCCAUCACCACCAGCUGAAACAAAGGAUAUUGCCAAACUCACCGAAAUCCUUUUGAAUGAAGAUGAAAAACUGUUUGAACGAUAUCGUGCAAUGUUCAGCCUUCGAAACAUUCAGACCGUUGACAGCAUAAAUGCGUUGGGAAAAGGUUUGAAAUGUAAAAGUGCAUUGUUCCGGCAUGAAAUCGCAUUUGUAUUGGGUCAAAUACAAAAUGAAUGCAGUAUUAAAGUUUUAACCGAGAAUUUACAAGAUGCAAACGAAAAUGAAAUGGUACGGCAUGAAUGCGCCGAGGCAUUGGGUGCCAUUGCAACCGAUGAAUGCAUUGAUAUUUUGAACAAACAUUUACACGACGACAAACAAGUGGUGAAAGAGAGUUGCGUCGUUGCAUUGGAUAUGUGCGAGUACGAAAAUAGCCCGGAAUUUCAAUAUGCAAACGCAUUGACCAACGUUCAGUGAUCGAGCUAUGUAGAAGGGAAAACCGUUCGCUGAAUGUGAUAUAUUUUUUUAUUUCAUGUUGUAUGGAUUAAAGUAAAAUUUAUUUAAACUUUA